AUUUCUAUGUUUGUUUUAAUUUGAUCUGAGAAACAGAAUAAAAGAAAAAGAUGGCGCCGCCAGCAGCAGCGGGCGGAGGUGGAAGCGGUGGAGGAGGAGAGCAGCCGCGACAGCAGCAGCAACAAAAUGGAUUUGGAAAAACAUUAACCGGAAUCAUUAGGAUCGCCGUGUUUUGGUAUUUUGCUUCCAAAUUCUUUUCUCCAAAAAAGACCGCCGAGCCUUCUACCCUCAUCAACAAUCUCUUCCAGAAGGGCGAACCCCUGGAUAUGUGGUUUUAUCUUUCUGAGCACGAAAAGUUCAAUGACUUUGGAAACGAAGCUCUUGUGUGGCAUGAAACUAAUAUUCCUUAUGCCACUUGGGGUCCUGAAAGUACCCGUACUCUUUCUAUGAAGUAUUAUCCUCCUCAGUCCCUGAAAAACAAUGGCAGUCUCUAUGCCCACGUUUUCUUUGCACGCUCGGGUUACCCUCCAGAUCCAAAUGACCCUGAAUACCAGCCUCAAGCUGCCUUUGGAAGGACUCACUCUGUUGUGGCAUAUUUACCCAAGUCAAGAUCAGAUAAGAAGAAAAGUCUUCUUGGGAACACCAAAGAUGGUGAAGGAGUUGAAUCCGUGGCUAUGGUGGCUGAUGAUGCUGAAACUGAAUCUAAAGAUGAUGGCCCUAAAGAGUGGAUGGCUUAUUGGAAGCCAAAUAUUACCAUUAACUUGGUUGAAGAUUUCACACGAAAGAAAUUCUUGGCUUUCAAGAAUGAUAUCCAAUUUUGGAACAAGAAUAAGUCUAUGGAAGGACUGUCUGCAAAGUCUGUUGUAGUGAGCUUUCUGUGUCAGCUCAUUGUUUUCCUUUAUCUACUUGAUAAUGAGACAUCAUGGAUGAUACUUGCAAGUUCGGGAAUUGGAUGUUGCAUCGAGUUUUGGAAAAUAGGGAAAGCUAUGCACAUAGAGAUUGAUAGAAGUGGAAGGAUACCCAUGUUACGGUUCCGAGAUCGUGAUUCGUAUGCAAGCAAUAAAACUAAGGAAUACGAUGAUAUUGCGAUGAAAUACCUAUCCUAUGUGCUCUUCUUCCUUGUUAUAUGCUUUUCCAUUUACUCCCUCAUGUAUGAGCGUCAUAAGAGCUGGUAUUCUUGGAUUCUCUCUUCACUCACGAGCUGUGUAUACAUGUUUGGUUUUAUCAUGAUGUGCCCUCAACUAUUCAUAAACUAUAAACUCAAGUCCGUGGCUCAUUUACCCUGGAGGCAAAUGACCUACAAGUUCCUCAACACCAUCAUCGAUGAUCUCUUUGCAUUCGUCAUAAAAAUGCCAACGCUUCAUCGGCUUUCCGUCUUCCGUGAUGAUCUUAUAUUUUUAAUCUACCUGUACCAGAGGUGGAUAUAUCCUGUGGAUAAGAAACGCAUAAACGAAUUCGGCUUCGGCGGCGAGGAUGAUAAUGAUCAGACGGCUGCCGUUGCCAAUGAAGAUGACAAGAAAACCAAUUGAUGUUAGCCACUCUUUAGUGCAAAAAGAACAAAAGAUGUAAAAGAUUGUUACUGUACUAUUCCAUAAGAAUUUUAGGAACUUGGAUGGUUAGAAAGUUGUUGAAAAUUUUGGGUUAAAGAUC